AUGACCGAAGUUCAAGAGCGUUUAGAGAGCGCCAAGAAUAUAAUAAUCGCUGGCAUUUUCGAACCACAUUCAGAAAAUAUGGGAGAAAAGAGGGAAAACGAUAGAUGUGAUGUGAUGAAAGUACUAUCAGGCAUCUAUCCACUUACCCCCCAACCAGAAAGAAUAAUGCGCCUAAGCAAGUAUGAUGGGAAGAAAACGCGCCCACUAAAAGUUUGA